AUGAAUUCGAUGCAGCCGUCGGGCUACACCUGCAAAUCCAUCGCGGCCUGUCAAAUUGUUCGUGAAGCUCAAAUCGCCACCGGAAUUGAUCCUCCAGCCUCGACCAGAGCACGAGGCGAGGACGUUCUCUUCUUCUUAAGUCGGUCAGUACUUCGUUAUUUUCACCAGAUACCUCAUCUUGAAGACUGGGAGGACAUCCCUACCACAAUAGAUAGCGAACUAAACUAUCGUGAUUUGAUAGCUGCAGCGAUUAAGAUUCCAGAAGCAGGCGAGCUCAUAAUUAGUGGUGUGCAGGCGAAGCUAUCCCGAAGGUUGGGAGCGAAAGCAUUGAAUAUCGAUGGUCAAGACCGACGCAUACAUAUGGAGUGGAAUCGCAAUUUGCGGUGGAGCUCAGAACAUGGUUCCGAAACAUUGGGGGCAUUGAUAUAA